UUGACAUUUACCUGUUUAUUGGACUUUGGAUUCUUUCCUACUCCUUUCUGGACUUGUUUGCUUGUGUUGGACUUUUCUCUGGUUUUGAUCCAUCCAUGCUUCUCCACCUCCAUUUUGUGUGAUUAAAUCAUUGACCUGCACCAGAACUGCCUCAGUCAUCUGCAUUUGGGUCCUACCCAUGUAUUCCUGCUGCCCUUCUUGCACCAGCCUGCUUUCUGGCCUGCUAACCUAUAAACCUGCACCCCAGCCUGCUUCCCAAGUCAGCUAACCUCCAGCAUGAUGGCCUUCCCUCCACCUGCCAGCAACCAGCCUUCUCUCUGUACCCAAGCCUGCUAGCCUCCAGCCUUCACUCUGGUCUGCUAGAGGCCUUCUGCACUCCCGUCCUCACACUGCACUCCAGCUGAUUAAGCUCAGUUUCGUGAGCGUGCCUAUCCUGAGCUGGCUAGCCCGCUACCUGUAGUCCUGCAUUCCCUGAACCCCAUGAGCCUUUGAUGGAACAGUUGUGGAGCAGCCCUGAUGUCCAGCGAUCACCUUUUGGGAAUCACCUGGACAUUUUCAGGGGGUACCGUGGAGUCCACAAGAGAAGGCGUUGUCCCCGUGGCUCCACACACUGAUAGCUCUCUCAACUGCCCAGUGCAACAGAACUACCACCGGUCCUGUCUGGUUCCCAGUCCUGCUGAGAUGCACCAACCUCUUGUUCACAUAGGGCUGAAGCAGUCUUCAGUGCCCACGCAGCAGCCGUUACCUGCCACUGAGCUGCAGCAGCCUCUUGUUCCGCCUCACCAUCUCGAAGCAGCAAGAAAAAAAACAUUCCAAAUGAUGGCAGACCAUGGAGACCCUUGUGAUGGGUGGGAAGCCACCUUCUGCAUGAAUGGAGGGACAUGCUAUAAAAUACCUUCCAUGAACACACUCUCCUGUGUGUGCAAUGACAGUUACAAAGGCAGCAGAUGUGAGCAGCACCAGCUCUUCAGCAUUUCCACCAAUGCAGGGGAAGCAGGAUUAAUUGCAGCUGUGGUCAUUGUUGCCCUCCUCAUCUUAGUGAUCCUGGCAGUUGUUAUCUACUACAUACGCAAGAUGUUGAAAGCCAAGCAGCAGAGCCAACAGAACAAUCCACAAGAGUAUUGGAGAGUAAACCAAGAGUAUGAUCUUUCUUCUGAUGUACAUGUUUGUAUUUUGGCUAUGUGUUGGAUUGGAUUAUGAAAUAAUUCUCAGUGUCACUUGCUUUGUUGGACUUGUACUAUUUUGGAUAUCACUACGAAAGACUAAUAGAGGAAAACUGCUGCACUGACCUCAACUAAACGCCACAAGGCAGGUGAAGAACUGAUAGCUGAUUGUCUCAUGAGAUUUCUGGAAUCACACCUUGCACAGCAGCCUUUUUGACACAGCUAUGAAGUUGGCACUGGUGUUACUUGUGUUAAAUCACAUUUCAAUAUGUGUGCUUUGUCUGAAAUGUAUUUACAAGCAUAAUGAAUGAAUAUACUCAAUAUUCUAUCUUUUCUAAAUGUGUAAAUAUAUGCAAUGAUCCCUACUGGAAUGAUUUGACCGUGAUUUCUGCUAGAACGAACACACACACACACACACCCUGAUGGACUAGUCAUUGGCCAUUCGCCAUCAGCAUUCCUAACCUCAACAUUUAGCCUAUUCUUAAUCUUAAAACCAUAAUUGCCCAUUACAGUAGUCAGGACUGG